UCACUGCUAUAAACACACGGCUCAAAAGCUCAGUGAAGCGAGGCGUUGACCCAGAAGAAAAGAUGGGGGGAAGAGAAGGAACGGGGAUCCCCGCGAUUGAUCUGCAAGGUUUCCCGUCGCAGCACGAGAAGCUGCGAGGAGCCGGCGAGGAGUGGGGGUGUUUCCGGGUGUUCAACCACGGGAUCCCCGAGGCGCUGAUGGGGGAGAUGAAGGCGGUGGCGAGCUCGCUGCUCGAUCUUCCCACGGAGGCGAAGAAGAAGAGCGAGGACCGGGUGAUGGAAGGGACCGGGUACGUGCAGCCCUCCAAGGCGAAUCCUCUGUACGAGGCUUUGGGGUUUUAUGACAUGGGCUCUGCCGGAGCUGUGGAUAUGUUCUGUUCCAAGUUGAAUGCUUCUCCUCAUCAAAGAGGGAUAAUCGAGACAUACUGUAAAGCGAUGCACGAACUGGCCAUGGACAUGGCAGACAAGCUGAGUAGAUCCAUGGGACUGAGUGGCGGGGUGUUCGAGGAUUGGGCCUGCCAGCUCUGGAUGAACAGAUACAGCUUCGUCCCUGAAAGUGUUGGCUCUAUUGGUGUGGGACUACACACGGAUGCGGGAUUCCUGGCCAUUCUUCAAGACGACGACGCCGUGGGUGGUCUCGAAGUGAUGGACGAGUCUGGUUCGUUUGUACCAAUUGAUCCUUGGCCGGGCACUUUCCUUGUCAUUCUGGGAGACAUGGCUGCGGCAUGGAGCAACGGGAGAUUGUGCCGUGUGAAGCAUCGAGUUCAAUGCAAGGAAGGAAGAACUCGGGCAUCGAUGGGUGCUUUUCUACUAGGACCGAAGAAGGCAGCUAUUGAAGCCCCAGAAGAGCUUGUGGAUGCUGAACACCCACGCCUCUAUGCCCCUGUUACUUAUACAGACUAUUGGAAACUCCGGUUGGUAGGAAAAUCGCGCACAGGCGAAGCUCUCGCGCUAUUUCAAGCAGCGUCUGAGAUAUGAUGUGGACGCGAGUCGCACCACGUGUCGUCGACUCCGGGUUCAAGAAAUAAUCGGCAACUAUGUAUGUUGUAUUCAAGUCAAAACACGUUAUACUGGUUCUGCAUUCAUGCUUGUUGCA